CGGCCGAUCCCGCCUCAGUGGCGCUGGGAGCCUCUGGCCACCUGUGAGUCCUUGCCAGUCCUGCCAGAGUCUAGCCCGGCCGGCCGGCCCGACCUCGCCUGGCCCGCCAUGGGCCCUCGGUGCCGCGAGCUCCCCGCGCUCCUGCUGCUGCUGCUGCACGUCUCACCGCGCUCCUGCCAGGAGCCAGACCCGUGUCGUCCCGGCUUCGGCGCCGAGAGCUACACGUUCACGGUGCCCCGGCGGCACUUGGAGAGAGGCCGAGUCCUGGGCAGAGUGAGUUUCGAGGGAUGCACCGGUCAGCCGAGGACUGUCUAUGUUUCUGAUGACACCAGAAUCAAAGUGGGCGUGGAUGGUGUGCUGACGGUCAAACGGCCCUUACAACUUCGCAGUCCAGAGAUGAGCUUUCUCGUUCACGCCUGGGAUGCCACCCGCAGGAAACUCUCUACCAAGGUGACACUGAAGGCAGCCACGCGUGACAACCGCCACCGCCGCCACAACAGCCAUCCUGAUGAAUUUCUCCCUGGGCUUCAGAUGGAAGUGCUCACGUUUCCUGACUCCCGCCGUGGUCACAGAAGACAGAAGAGAGACUGGGUUAUUCCUCCCAUCAGCUGCCCAGAAAAUGAGAAGGGCCCAUUUCCGAAGAACCUGGUGCAGAUCAAAUCUAACAAGGACAAAGAAACACAGGUUUUCUACAGCAUCACUGGCCAGGGAGCUGACACACCCCCUGUUGGCGUGUUUAUUAUUGAAAGAGAAACAGGAUGGCUGAAAGUGACGAUGCCUCUGGAUAGAGAAGCGAUUCCCAAGUACACACUCUUCUCUCAUGCGGUGUCUUCAAACGGGAAUGCAAUUGAGGACCCGAUGGAGAUUGUGAUCACAGUGACAGAUCAGAACGACAACCGGCCCGAGUUCACCCAGCCGGUCUUCGAGGGGUCUGUCAUGGAAGGCGCUCUUCCAGGAACCUCUGUGAUGCAGGUCACGGCCACGGAUGCAGACGAUGAAGUGAACACCUACAAUGCCGCCAUUGGUUACAGCAUCCUUAGCCAAGAGCCUUUGCAGCCUCACAAAAUGUUCACCAUCAACAAGGACACAGGAGUCAUCAGCGUGCUCACCACCGGCCUGGACCGUGAGAAUAUUGCGACGUAUACCCUAGUGGUUCAAGCUGCUGACCUUCAAGGUGAAGGCUUAAGCACAACUGCAACUGCCGUGAUCACGGUCACUGACAUCAACGACAACUCUCCUAUCUUCGACCCAAGCACGUACCAGGGGCAGGUCCCUGAGAACGAGGUUAAUGUUGUAAUCACUACGCUCAAAGUGACUGAUGCCGAUGUCCCCAAUACCCCGGCGUGGGCGGCCGUGUACACCAUAUUAAAUGAUGAGGAGGAACAAUUUGUUGUCAUCACAGACCCAGUAACCAACGAUGGCCUUUUGAAAACAGCUAAGGGCUUGGAUUUUGAGACCAAGCAGCAGUACAUUCUCUACGUCACCGUGAAGAAUGUGGCCCCCUUUGAUGUCACUCUGCCCACGUCCACAGCCACCGUCACUGUGGACGUGAUGGAUGUGAAUGAAGCUCCCAUUUUCAUACCCCCCCAAAAGAGAGUGGAGGUGCCUGAAGACUUUCCAGUGGGGCAGGAAAUCACAUCCUACACUGCCCAAGAGCCGGACGUAUUCAUGGAACAGAAGAUAACGUAUCGGAUUUGGAGGGACACUGCCAACUGGCUGGAGAUUAACCCAGACACUGGUACCAUUUCCACUCGGGCUGAGCUGGACAGAGAGAACACUGAGCAUGUGAAAAAUAGCACAUAUACGGCCCUCAUAAUAGCCACGGACAACGGUUCUCCGCUUGCUACUGGAACGGGAACCCUUCUCCUGGUCCUCUCCGAUGUGAAUGACAACGCCCCGGUCCCACAACCUCGGAGUGUAGAGUUCUGCCAGAGGGAUCCACAGCCUCUUGUUAUCAACAUCAUCGAUCCCGAUCUUCCCCCCAACACAUCUCCUUUCACAGCAGAACUAACCCAUGGGGCGAGUGUCAACUGGACCAUCGAGUACAACGACCCAGGACACGAAUCUCUCCUUUUGAAGCCAAAGAAAACCUUAGAGGUGGGUGAAUACAAAAUAAAUCUCAGGCUCGAAGAUUACCAGAACAAAGACCAGGUGACCACCUUAGAAGUGUAUGUGUGCGACUGUGAAGGGGCCGUCAACGUCUGUAGGCGGGCUGGGAAUUAUGCCGAAGCAGGACUGCAGCUUCCCGCCAUUCUGGGGAUUCUUGGAGGCAUCCUUGCUUUGCUAAUCCUGAUUCUGCUGCUUCUGCUGUUUCUUCGGAGGAAACGGGUGGUCAAAGAGCCCUUACUGCCCCCAGAAGAUGACACCCGGGACAAUGUUUAUUACUAUGAUGAAGAAGGAGGUGGCGAAGAGGACCAGGACUUCGACUUGAGCCAGUUGCACAGGGGCCUGGAUGCUCGGCCGGAAGUGACCCGCAAUGACGUGGCUCCACCCCUCUUGGGUGUGCCCCACUAUCGGCCCCGCCCUGCCAACCCGGAUGAAAUUGGAAACUUCAUUGAUGAAAACUUGAAGGCGGCCGACAGUGACCCCACUGCCCCCCCUUAUGACUCUCUGCUCGUGUUUGAUUAUGAAGGAAGUGGUUCCGAAGCCGCUAGUCUGAGCUCCCUGAACUCCUCGGAGUCAGACCAAGACCAGGACUAUGACUACCUGAACGAAUGGGGCAGUCGCUUCAAGAAGCUGGCGGACAUGUACGGAGGUGGCGAGGACGACUAGGGGACUCGAGACAGAUGGGCAGAGGGGUCCCUAUACUCAUGUGAUGGGAAAUGGAGGAAGAAUUUUUCUGGCCUUUCGGCUCCCUUCACUUGAUGAAUUUCUGGGGAAGAGAGACUGUGAUCAGUGAUACAGUUAGGGUAGUUAUGAUUUCCACUUUAUAGAUCUUAAUCUGUGUGCUAGAAACAAUUUGACUCCUUUUUUUCCUUUCAUCACUCUUUUUAUAAGCUUGCAAAUUGCUGAUUUUCUUAAGGGCUUUGUUUCAUUUUUUAAAAGGAAGGGGAGGGGUCAACUGCACUAUUUUUUUUUUUUGUAUCUAUAUAAAUUUUUUAUUUUUAAUUUGUGUAGAUUUUUUUAAUCCUAUCACUGCACCGGAGUCUCAUGUUCCGAUAUUCACUCUCACUACUUCUGAAUUUACAUUGCCCCAGACAUGAGUUCUCUGAGUCAGAAACUACUGGGCCCUUUAAGGGUAAGGGGCUCUGUCAUAGUCUGGCCAUGUCAUGACUGGGUAUUGUACAGUUUUCUUUUCUCAUCUCCUGAGUAUGUAACUUGUCCUGAGUUAGAAUGAUUGUCAUGUGAAUGUCAGUAUGAGAUACUUUGGCUCUAAAUGAGCAUUGACCGGAAGAGGAGGUGAUAAGUUUUCAGGUGCCAUUUAACUCUUAAUGUUUAUCUAAAACAAAGGAGUGAUAUUUGAAUAUUUUGAGGCUCAGAACAGUGCCUGAAGUGUUGCAGCCACAGAGAGAAGAUUUGGCAUGUCGCAGCAGAUGGAAAACGUGAAACGUGGGCUUGGUGUCACUGAGCCUGGCGAUUUAGGAAACUGAGCCUGAGAAUGGUUGAGGUGGCUCUACCUCUAGUCCUGCAAAUUCUGGAAAAAUGGAAGAAUCUCAACAUGUGCUUCCUACCAGGGUCUUUCUUUCCACCAUGGUUUGUAUCUGAAGUCCAGAAUUCCCAUACGCUUGCUUUCGUUGGUGUCCACAGAAAAUACUGGCUGAUAUGGACACGUUGGCCCCAAAUUCCAAGAAAACGAAGUGUGUCGGAAAACCCAAAGUUUUCCUUAAGGAGCAGGGGAGGUGGGGGUAAGGACUCAAUUUGGAUAUUCUUCUGGUUGAAUGUGGUCAUCAGGAAACUUUUGACAACCCCGGGAAAGAAGUUUAUCUGUGUUGCUUUACUGUCUGUCAACAGUCUUUUGAAGAAAACAAAAAAUCAUUCCUGCAAUCACUUCUUGGAACUGUUUUGAUUUUUCAGGAAUUUGAACUCAGAUGUAAUUCUGUGUAGACUGUCACUGUAGUGUUGAGUGUGUAUGUGUGCAGGUGAUGAUAAUUUGUAUUUCUUUGAGGGUGGAAAAGGAAAGCAGUUUAGGCUGAUAAACUUGAUAUUCAUUUUUAUAAAUUUUAUUAAAGAAUUUUGUUAAAUCAUU